AUGAUAGAAAACAAAUACGCGAUAAUGCCGCUGAAGGAUAAUCCAGGAAUAUUUUACGAAGAUGUCGGCGAGGUUCGAACAUCGGAAAUCUCUUGGAAGAUGGUGAUAUACGUCGAUCUAGCCGAUGUCAUAAAUGCAUCUAAACGGAUCCAACAAGAAUUAAACAUUGCUGUAAAACGUUGCGAUGACAUUCCACAUGUGUGUAAAUCACAACCGCAAUUUAUAAUGUUGCAUAAUAAACUUGAUAAAAUGAUGAAAUAUCAAGAUCACAUAAGAAGAAUAAUUAAUCACCCAAGAGUCAGAAGAGUACCUCUAGAAUUCAUAGGAGAAAUAAGUAAAAUAUUAUUUGGAACAUUGACAAUAGAGGACGCAAAAUUACUUGAAAAUAUAAUAAUAAACGUCGAAAAUAAAACCCAAGACCUUGCUGCGUUACUUAUUAAUCACACCAUAGCGACGCGUGCCAGAUUCGGAGAACUCGGUGACGCGACACUUAAGAUACAGAGGCAAUUACUAACCCUCCAACAAGAAAUCCAAGAAAAGUUUAAUAAUCUAACAGACGAUAUAAUACAGAAGGACAUUCAUGGAUAUUUUAGUAACGUCAUAGAAGAAAUCGACAGAGCUAUCUUAGAGCAUGAAAUUGAUUUAAAUAUACUAAUCGACGGAAUUUUAUUUGGAAAACAAGGAAUAAUACAUCCACGAAUAAUAUCCCCGCAAUACUUAGUUGAAAAUUCUCGCCGAAUAAAAGAACGAAUUCCACACGCAGAAUUCCCUGUGCCUAUUAAUGAGGAAGACACCGAUCAAUUAGUAAAAAUUUCUGACCUGCAUAUUGCUUAUUUAAAUAAUCGACUAAUUUAUAUUUUACAAAUACCAUUAUUAACACCUGGAAAAUACAAGCUUUACAAAGCAAUCCCACUACCCGCUAAACAAGAUUUUAGUAACAAUAAAUAUGCUAUAAUUAAUCCGAACACCGAGUAUAUUGCAUUGAAUGAAGACGCUGAUAGUUACUAUGAAUUCCAAAGCGAUGAGCUGAAUAUAUGCAUAAAGAAUAACCCGACAUUCAUAUGCCCAUCCAUCUUUCCGCUAAAAAGAGUACGACAAACUAUAAACUGUAAUAUAGAAGUUCUAAUAAAUAGGAAUAUAGAACCAAACCAUUGCAAAAUAACAAUUAAGGAAUUGAGAGACACAUAUUGGAAAAUUUUAAAUACACCUGGUAAUUGGCUAUAUACCACAACUGGAAAGGAAACAAUAAAUAUAGAAUGCCCAAAUUUUUCUAAACACAUAGAAAUUGAAAAUUCUGGAAUACUAACCGUACAUCAAGGUUGUAAAAUCAAAGCAAGAACGGUUACUAUGAGUUACCCGUCUAUUCAAACAACAAAACUUAUAAAAUAUUUUGUAUUAACAAAUAAUUUAAGCAUUUCUCAUUUGUACGAGCCAGUACACGAAAGAUAUAAAAUUAAUAUAACAGAUACAAUGCAUGAAAUAUGGACAAAUAAUCAAAGUAAUAUUGAAGCAACUUUCGAUGAUAUUAUUGAAAAAGCUCGAGAAAUUAAAGUAAGGAAGAACCGCGAUCAAAGGAUCACUUUACACAAUGUAGCAACCUGCAUCGUCAUCAUACUAGGAAUGCUCUUGACCAUAAUGCUAGUGCUGUAUCAUCGUUUAUGGGCAUGCGAUUCUAGUAAUCCUUUAUCUCAAGCAUGCAGCUGCACAAACAAUCAAGAACAAAGGCGAAGACCUAACGACGUUUCCAUACCGACCAUUGAAAUAGCACGUAGCUUCCCGCAGUACGAUCAGUCGGAGAGAAAUCUUCAAACCGAACGGAACAUAGAAGACCUGAUCACAACACAACGCGAAAACUGACUUAACCGUACACAAAAAGAGGUACAAAAAACUAAAAAUCCGACAACAUAUGCGGAGACAAGCCGAAGCCACGUGGUAUCGCGUAUUAGGCCGCUUACAACGAAUGACUGUCCUGAAUAUGCACC